CAAACACGGCGUCUUGAAGCUCUUGAACUGCUUUGACAUGGAUUGUGAGACACCAUGUUCAUUCAAGUUUGCUGAUGAUAAGAUUAUAGAGUCUACACCGGCAAAGCUGGCUGGUAUAUUUUGCAUGCAGAGGAUUGGAAGCAGAAAGGGUCAGAAGCUGUUAAAGUACUAUUGUCCUAGUGAUUUGACUGACAAUGUUUUAUACAGCAAAUACUUCACCGAUAUCAAAUCUACAAAGCAUCAGACGACGGUGACUAAGACAAACAUUUUAGAGAAGAUAAAACAACUUAUGGCAAAAAGGAGAAAAAGUGGGAAAAGAAAGAAAGUUGAUGAAAAGGAUCUAGUUUGCCUGAUAGGUCUUUAUCUUUGCUGUGUAUUGUUUUUUGGCGACAAAAAUGCCAAUGGAGUGAACGCGAAAUAUCUUAGUAUCGUUGAAACUUAUGAUACGGUGCUCAAGGUGUCGUGGCCUGAUUUAAUACACGAGCACUUGUUUGAAGAGAUUCAUACUAAUCUUAGUUGUUUGUCAAAUGUGAAGGCUUGUGUGCAAUACCUACUGUUAUUGUUUGCUGAACACACGCCAGCAGGAUUAAUCCCGAAAGUUGAGAACCACGAGGAAGAUAUCCCGAGGGUUGGGAGAUGGGAUAUACCAGAUUUCUGA